GCCAUUGACCAAUCCCACCCUAUAUAAAUAAGCACGAGCCGUCCCUCGGCUCCAUCGACCACACUCAUGCCCAUGUUGAAUCGUUGAUGUCGUCGUCCUCCUCCUCCAUGGACCACGCCGCCGGCCCCUCCGUCCUGCGCUGGCUGCUCUCCGUCUCCGCCGGAGGCCUCUUCGCGCUCUUCAUCCUCGUCGCCUCCCCGGUCCCCUUCCCCUCCGCCUCGCUCCUCCUCUCCCCCAACACCGGCCCCGCCUCCGCCUCCGCCUCCCGGCGCUCUCAGCUCCCGCUCUUCGUCGACCCGGCGCUCUCGGCGCAGGCCCGUGCGCCGCCGGCGGCCCCCUCGCCGCCGCGCUUCGCGUACCUGAUCUCCGGCUCGGCGGGGGACGCCGGGAUGCUGCGCCGGUGCCUGCUCGCGCUCUACCACCCGAGGAACCACUACAUCCUGCACCUGGACGCGGAGGCCCCCGACUCGGACCGCGCGGACCUCGCCGCGUUCGUGGCGUCCCACCCGGUGCUCGCGGCGGCGCGCAACGUGCGGGUGGUGGAGAAGGCCAACCUCGUCACCUACCGCGGCCCCACCAUGGUGACCACCACGCUGCACGCCGCCGCCGCCUUCCUCUGGGGCGAGGGCCGGGGGCGCGGCGCCGACUGGGACUGGUUCAUCAACCUCUCCGCCUCCGACUACCCGCUCGUCACGCAGGACGAUAUGAUGGAGGUGUUCUCGGAGCUGCCGCGCGACCUCAACUUCCUCGACCACACCAGCGACAUCGGCUGGAAGGCGUUUGCGAGGGCGAUGCCGGUGAUCAUCGACCCGGCGCUCUACAUGAAGAAGAAGGGCGACCUCUUCUGGAUACCCCAGAAGCGGGAGCUGCCCACCGCCUUCAAGCUCUUCACCGGCUCUGCGUGGAUGGUGCUAUCGAGGCCGUUCGUGGAGUACCUGAUCUGGGGGUGGGACAACCUGCCGCGCACGGUGCUCAUGUACUACGCCAACUUCAUCUCGUCCCCGGAGGGCUACUUCCACACCGUGGCCUGCAACGCCGACGAGUUCCGCAACACCACCGUCAACCACGACAUGCACUACAUCGCCUGGGACAACCCGCCCAUGCAGCACCCGCACCUGCUCACCCUCGCCGACUGGGACGGCAUGCUCGCCAGCGCCGCCCCCUUCGCCCGCAAGUUCCGCCGGGACGACCCGGUGCUCGACAGGAUCGACGCCGACCUCCUCUCCCGCCCCCCCGGCAUGCUCGCCCCGGGCGGCUGGUGCGCCGUUGCCAACCGCACCGGCGGCGACCCGUGCGCGGUUGUGGGGAACCCGGCGGACGUGCGGCCUGGGCCGGGGGCCGCGCGGCUGAAGCGGCUCGUUACGUCGCUCCUGUCGGAGGACAACUUCCGGCCGAAGCAGUGCAAAGUAGCAGUAGUAGAAGAACAUACUCCCUCAAAGAAAGUAGAAGAAGAUAUUCCCUCAAAGAAAGUGGUAGUAGAAGAACAUCACUGAAGCGAUGGCUCCAAUCCAUUCUUUCCGGCAGGAUGGAUGCAAUGUACGUAUGAUGGAUGCCAAGUUCUGGUGGAGGUGCAUGUUGUCGGAGCUGCCGCGCGACCUGAAUCACACCAGCGACAUCGGCUGGAAGGCGUACGUACGUGCCCUAGGCUUCUAGCUAGCCUGAUUGGAUCGAGGGCCAUGCAUGCAGCGCAGCGGGGGUGUAGGCGCUGUGCUAAUACAGUUGGUGUACGGGAACAACUUCCCGUGCUGGACUACUAUCCUGUUCAAGAGAGGGUGUAAUUACCUCAUCAAGUUCUACCUUCCUCCGAUUUACUUUUUUUGAGAGAAACUCUUUCUCUAUAAAGGAUCCGUUCUCGGCAAUAAAGGUUUUAC